AUGCCUGAUGAACUCAGUGAUGAUUACUCCUGGACCAUACCAACUCUGGAACAUAACCAGAGUGAAAGUGGCAUCGACUAUUUCUGCAUAAAAGACCAUGUCAGGCAGUUUGCAAGCUACUUCAUCCCACUCUUUUACACGUUUGUGUUCAUCCUGGGUGCCUUGGGCAAUUUUCUGGUCAUCCUCGUCUACUGGCGCUGUAAAAGACCGAAGACCAUGACAGACACAUUUAUUUUUAAUUUGGCCAUUGCUGACCUGCUCUUUCUUCUCACUCUUCCCUUCUGGUCUAUUGCUGCUGUCGAGGGGUGGAUAUUUCAGUCCUUCAUGUGCAAAAUGGUCAAUAGCAUGUACAAGAUAAACUUCUACAGCUGUGUGCUGCUGAUCAUGUGCAUCAGUGUGGACAGAUACUUCACCGUUGCUUGGCCUAUAAGAGCACAGACUUGGAGGCAGAAAAGACUUCUGUAUAGCAAGAUGGUUAGCGGUGCUGUUUGGGUGGUGGCAGCCACACUCUGCAUCCCCGAGAUCCUGUACAGUCAAAUCACAGAGAAAUCUAACAUGAUCCUCUGCACCAUGGUUUAUCCUGGAGGUGAGAGUACCAAACUGAAGUCUGCUUUCUUGACCUUGAAUGUCAUCCUAGGAUUUUUCCUUCCCCUUAUGGUCAUGGUUUGCUGCUAUGUGCUCAUAAUUCAUGCUCUCAAACAAGUCAAGAAUUCAUCCAAAUAUAAAGCCCUCAAGGUGACCAUCACUGUUCUUACUGUCUUCAUCUUGUCUCAGUUCCCUUACAACUGUGUUCUAUUGGUACAGACCAUUGAUGCCUACAACAACUUUCUUUUCAACUGCACGAUUACCAUUGGAAUCGACAUCUGCUUCCAGGUCACUCGAAGCAUUGCCUUUUCCCACAGUUGCCUGAAUCCUGUUCUCUAUGUUUUUGUGGGUGAGAGAUAUCGUCAGGAUCUUGUGAAAACCCUAAAGGAUUUGGGUUGCAGCAACCUCGCUCGGUGGGUUUUAUUUACAAGAAGAGAGGGAAGCUUGAGGCUCUCUUCCCUAUCGCUGGACACAAGCUCGGGACUGCUCUCCUGA